GCGCGCUCCUCCUCCUGCUGCUGUUGCGGCGGCAGCCCUUCCUGCAGUGGCGGCGGGAGCUGGAGAGGGGGGAGGAUUCCUUCUUACCACAACCACCUUUUCCCGCCAGACCUGGAAAAGGAGGAGGAGGCGGAGGCGACAGCGGGGCAGGUUGGGGCCGCCGACUCCGAGUGGAGGGGAGGAAAGGAGGAUCUUUGGGUAGUUCGAAGGAGACUCCAGAACUGGCCUGUGAUAAGACCAUAGAAGGCUCUGUGAGGAGGAGAGUUGGCGCGAGAAGGGAGGGCGCGCAAGAAUUCGGGGUGGAGCAGACCAAGACGCCGCGCGCGCGUUCGUGUGUGUGUGUGCGCGCGUGUGUGAUAGAAAGUAGCUCUGAGGUUAAAAGAAAGAAAGAAGGAGAAAAAGGUUGCUUUUCAGGGGACUCUCGCGUUACGUUGGUUUUUUUCAACUCCUUCCAAGCAAAACUUCUGGGGCGCAAAACUGAAACCAGGUGCUGCUCCUUGGGAAAGGCGAGCGGGAGCCUGGAGUGAGUUUGCUCGCUCGCUUCCUUGCUUAUCCUCCUCCUCUCCUCCCUCCCUCCCCCCUUCCCAGCCUGCCUGGGUCGUGGCUUGCUGCUGCUCACUUUUAUUUUCCUUUCCCACCCAUUCCGAGCCUCCGCCCCCUCCCUCCUUCUCCUCAGGAGCGAUGAGGGGGAAUGGCAGAAACACGUGAAGGCGAGGAGAGAAACAAACCCGGGACUCCCAGCCAGGGGGUGAAAGAAGCUGGCUCGCCUGGCAGCGUCGUGGCUGCUUAGUCGUAGGGAGAGAGCAAGAGAAGCCGAGAAGGUGGUGUGUGUGUGUGUGGUGUCCCCCUCCCGGCUUCCUUUCCUCCCAAAGGGAGCUCUUUUUCCCCACCCCUUUCCCUCGGUUUGUUGGGUAGUUUCUUGUUCCUGAAGCUGACAGGUGCUCCUCCGAUCCAGCAGUGCAUUCUGGCGCCCCCUUUUCUUCUUCUUCUUCUUCCCCCAGCAACUCUUUUCCAGGAUUGUUGCGUCCUCCUUGGGAAGCUGAUUUGUGAAUCUUAGAAAAAGAAAGAAAGAAGAAGAAGAAGGGUGGGGGUUGAACCCUGGAGACGCUGGGGGGGAAAGGCUGCCGAGGGAGAGAAAAGUUUUGGAUGGGAUUAUGUGGAAACUACCCCGCUCUUCUCGGCUGCUCGAGCAGGCUCAGUGCUGCUGCUGCUGCUGCUGCUCCUUUCUCGCCAGCGCUGCAGGCUUCGCGGGCUGGUGGAGGUGGUGAAAAGGACGCCUCGGGGAGGACUUGAUCUCUCGGCAAGUGCCUGGCUUGCGUUGUGUGCCUGCGAAGAGCUUCAACCCCCCCAGCCUGCCAAAUGCUCCUCUUCGGGUUCUUCUUGCUGACAUCUGCCCUGGUCAGCCCAAGACAGGGAGCCCAAGGCGAGUCCAACCUCAGCAGCAAGUUCCAGUUCUCCAGCGCCAAGGAGCAAAACGGGGUACAAGAACCACAACAUGAGAAGAUUAUUACAGUAUCUGAUAAUGGAAGUAUUCACAGCCCAAAGUUCCCAUAUACUUAUCCCCGUAACACAGUACUGGUGUGGCGAUUAGUAGCAGUUGAGGAGAAUGUGUUGAUACAGCUCACUUUUGAUGAAAGGUUUGGGCUUGAGGACCCAGAAGAUGACAUAUGCAAAUAUGACUUUGUAGAAGUUGAAGAGCCCAGCGAUGGCGCUAUUUUAGGACGGUGGUGUGGCUCCACUACCGUUCCAGGAAAACAGAUUUCCAAAGGAAACCAGAUCAGAAUACGAUUCGUUUCUGAUGAAUAUUUUCCUUCUGAACCUGGAUUCUGUAUCCAUUAUACUCUCCUCGUACCAACAGAAUCUGACAGCCCAACAAUAUUGCCACCUUCAGCUUUGCCAUUAGAGUUGCUAAACAACGCUGUUGCUGGAUUUAGUACUGUGGAGGAACUUAUCAAGUACCUUGAACCAGACAGAUGGCAAUUGGAUUUGGAAGACCUGUACAGACCAACCUGGCAGAUCCUUGGAAAAGCGUACAUUCAUGGAAGAAAAUCUAGAGUUGUAGACCUGAAUCUUCUGAAGGAGGAGGUACGAAUGUACAGCUGUACUCCACGCAACUUCUCAGUGUCACUACGGGAAGAGCUGAAGCGAACAGACACCAUCUUUUGGCCACUUUGUCUGCUGGUUAAACGUUGCGGUGGAAACUGUGGCUGCUGUCAGCAUGCUUGCAGUGAGUGCCAGUGUGUGCCUACCAAGGUUACUAAAAAAUACCAUGAGGUCCUGCAGCUGAAGCCCAGAAGCGGCGUAAAAGGAUUGCAUAAAUCUUUGACGGAUGUACCUUUGGACCAUCAUGAGGAGUGUGACUGUGUAUGUAAAGGGAAUACAGAAGGAUAAAAGGAACUUGGUGUGCUUUUUUACAGCACGUUCACUCAGUGGCUGAUUCUCUUCUGGGGCUUGUGCAUUAAUCUCCUUCUGUAAUCUCAGCUGUCUGCUUUGAGAAUCUUCAGUGUUCAGGACUGACAGUUCUGGGGGAGAAAAGGAAAGAAGAAAUCAAACUGAGAUGUAUGCAAUGUAACAGCAGUUACUUGAAGGCCCACUACUAAGGAUGAACAGAAGGCUUCAAUGAGGGAUUUCUCUCCCACCCCAAUUCUAUACCUAUGUCUAUAGCUAUAUUUAUAUCUAUAUAGAGAUAUAGAUAUAUAGAUAUAAUAUCAUCUCUCUUACUCAUAUUGAAUUUAAAACGUUCAAGUUUUAGAAGUAUAGGAAAAGACAGUGCUUAGGCAAGGCCUGGACUCUCCUGGUGGUCUUGCUUCUGCAAGUCUCUUACUUCUGGCUUACAGUUCAGAACAUCUGGAAUCUCUCUUAACUCGGCUCAGCAACUCCUGUACAUUUCAAAUCAAAGUGUUAAUUGUCCUGCAGACUGUCUUACUCUGAGUUAAACUCAAUUUUUCACUGAUGCAAGUCAAAAUGACUGGACACAUUCUCUUGGUUUCUUCCAGUAAAGUGUCUGUUGUUUAGAAAACCUGAAUGGUCAGUAUAUGUGAGAAAAGAGGAAAGGGUCAGAAACCAAGAAGUGCCUUUAUCCUUCUCACUAUGACCUGCAAGUAUUGCGUUUGUUUAUAUUUUUUAUUGUGUACAUUUUUAUACUCUUUUUGACAGCAUAACUCUUUGCUUUUCUAAUCUUGUUGAAUAUAUCUAUUUUUGCCAAAGGUAUUUAAUAUUCUUUUUAUAUUAUUAUUGCAGCCUAGAUAAACUGCGUUUUCAUUUUGUAAGACUUUGGAAUCAGAGUUAUAGAAAGGAGGAAGGAAGAUAGAAUUCUGUUUCUGCAAAGCAAGGAGCUAAAAGGUGCAUUUGCACGUAAAAAGAUAAACAAAACAGGUUAGUCUGAAUUUACAGGUGUGUGUAUGUGUGUGUGUGUCACUAGCUCCAUGAUGAUGGGAUAAAAAGAGUAAAUAUAAUAGCUGUUAAAACUCUCUUCAUCAUAACCUAGUGCCUCAAUCCAAAUAAGGAGGUAUGUGCACAGAAACAAGGUUGCACAUACAUACAUACAUACAUACAUAUCACAUUUUGCAUCAGGGACAAGUGGCAUAAUUCUGAUAAGCAUCAUAAGGCAGAUGUUCCCUGUCCAUACGGGAUUAUUUUCAAUGUAUUGGAUAUUUGUGUGCAUUUGAAUGCACAUUCCCAACCACAUUCUGAUGCAAUAAUUUAUGCAUAAAUAUCUUUUUUACAUGUCCUAGUGAUGGAUCACGAUGUAGGUUUCUUCAAAAUAGUCAUAAAUCCAAAACUGAGAGGCCCUAAACAGAUAUAUUCAGUGAUGUCCAGUUCAAUAGGACUUCACUUACUUCUUAGUAAACACUUCACUGUUAAAUUAGAAGGUGAAAGAUCUCGACAAGAGCACCACCACUGCUGAUAUUUCAGUGUGUUCUUGCAUCCAUAAUAAAAUGGGGUCAUGAACAAGUCGCACAUAUUUAUUGCUGCAGGUGUAAGGGUUUUUUUUAAUGUUAUGAAUGCCAGUUAUUUCCUUGUAAAGGGCAGUGGGCUUCCAAUAUCUUAAUGAUGUAAAGUACAGUUUUGAUAAAAUGUGGUUUUGCUGAUGUACAGUCUUUAUGUAAACCAGCACAUUUAUCCCAUCCCAACUAGGAAAAAGCAGUAAAAUAUUUUGCUUGUAAAAUGCUUUAAUACUGUCCAGUGUUACGUUCUGUGUUUCUGUUUAUUGUUUUAUGUAUUUAAUGAUUCUACAAAGUAAUGGUGCUCAUUGGGAGACAGAAGAAAUACUUCCCAUAUCCCUAUAUGGCAUUUAAUAUUAAGUAAAAUAUUCCAAUUAUCUAACAGUCCAAUCUUCUGAACUUCUGUAUGUUUGUUAAAGAAUAAAAAUGGAUAUCAGAGUAACAUUGUAGGAACAGAACAGCAUUGUAUGGUUCUCAUGGAAUUGUCACCUAAUACAGGGGCAGCCCUGGUGUGCUACCUUCCAUCUUUCUGAUCAUUGGCCACACUAGCAGAGUCUGAUGGGAAUUGUAGUCCAACAACAUAUGGAGGGCAUCACAUUGGCUAAUGCUGAGCUAAUAAAUGGGUAUCAGAUUAGCAUUACAAAAUUAAGACACAGCAUGGUUCUCCUAGAAUCUUCAUAAUUGCACAAACAUUUGCUUUUCUUCCAUGUGCUAGGUGAGCCUUCAGCUUUAAAAAAACGUUUUUUCCCCCAAAGUUGUUUGAAUGCAAAGGAGUUUAUGCAAUAAAUUCCACCAAUUCCUUGCACGUAUACUGUACAAAGUACUCAUUUAGAUAUUUACCAAUGGUACAAAUUCCUUAAUGGAAACAUACACAAGGUUGUUGUUGUUACUGCUGCUUUUAGAGUUUAUUGUUGCAUCUUAAUUUUACCCUCGGUGAAAUUAUAACUUUUCCAGAAGACAAAACAUCAAGUAGAAAUCUUUAGUAUUUUACAGUUCCAGGCCCUUAAAUGUUUGACUUUUUAGGGUGCAUACAAAACUACCCCCCCCCAUCAGUCUCCAUGUAGGAUAUUGUUGUAUAAUGAGUUCUACUUUCCUGCUUACCUUUUUGCAGCGGCGGAGCUUCAUGCUCUUCCACCAGGGACGGAGAGUAGGCGCGCUGCCCCCAGCGGCGGGGUGCGUGUUCUGGGGGCGGGGCGUGCUGUGCGCAGGUGCGGGGAGCAUGUUUGGGAGCGGGGCGGGCAACCACGAUGGCGCCCCUGGGAUCGCAUCACCCGGGGCGCCCCGCCUCCACUGUCCCUAUCUUCCUACGCCCCUGCCUUUUUGCUGGUGACAAAAAAAUCUGGCUUGGGAACAUGCAUGGACUUUGCCCCUUUGCUCCAUGGGCUUCAGCUUAAAAAAAAAGUUUCCCCCAAAGUUGAUGGAAUAGAAGGGUGUUCAUGCAGUAAAUUUUACCCAUUCCUUAUACCUAUACGAAGCACUCACCCACACUCCUGGCUUGUUACCCCCAGAAAGUUGCUCAUAUUGAAAUGCAGCCCAAGGAGUGAAAAGAGUUCCUGCGUUCAGAUGCUAACUGUGUGGAGUGCAGGUUAUUUGGUCCUUGUGGUAAUCACAAAUCUAGUCUUCCUCUCCGAGUGAUGUUUUGCAUUAAAAUUAUCUAGAAUCUGGUACUCAUUCUUUUCUUGAUAUGUUCUGCAGACCUCAGUAUUUUCACUCUUUUUCAUUCUGUACUGUACUCAUUAUUUUAGGAGGAUUGAACAUUUGUCCAAAAAAAGGAUGAAUGCAGAUCAACAGUGGGCUCUUGGUUCAACAUACUUAUAUCUCCAUGCAGCUAUAAGGUGUCUUUGUCAAAAUGUAGAAUUCACCCAAAUCAGAAAUCUGGAGCACAUGUUAGUAAUGCCAGUGGAGUUUGGAGAGUUAUUUUUUAUUUUAUUUUUUAAAAAGAAAGAUGCGGUCCAGAUGCUGUUCCCAUUAAUGAUGUGUUGUUUAGGAUUGACAAGUUGUGCUUUCAUUGUUCCAGUGGCCUGCGAUGAAUUGAUUGAUAAUUUAAAUCAUCCCGGUGUCAAUAUUCAAGUAAUAUAUAUGAUUUAGCUUUAAAAUAUCAUGGGAAACUAUUCCCAUUUAUUUUCCAGAAUUGAUGAGUAACAAUCCAGCUGAUAUGGAGAAAUAUGAUACUGAAAUGCUUUGAAAUGUGUAGGAGAUUUUUGUUGCUCUUUUUUUCUGCACCAAGAUGAAUGCAUAGCCAUCACAGUGGGCUUUCAGCACUCCUAUCUUCACAACCUAUGCCAAUUAUCAAAAUAUGAUUGUGCAAACCAUCAUAGACAGAUUAUAUGAACGCACAAUUACAGGACAAUCAAUUGCAUGUUUACAUGAAAGCAAGUACCAAUAUGUUCAGGAAGAUUUACUGCUUUCAUUCCCAAAACAUUAAGCUACAGUGAUAUUUAUAUUGAUGAUUACUUGGUUAAAAUCCUGAGCACAUGUUUACCUAAGGGUAAAUUCCAUGUAAUUUAAUGAGUCUUACUUCCAAGUAGACUUAUAUAGGAUUCAAUUGUUAGAGAACUUAAAUUCACACCUUGCUUAAAGGCAUUGAAAUGAAGGGAGCAGUUUAGUUUUACUGACUUCACUGGAGCUAGACUUGUACCCGUUUGUUUCGAAUAUAUAUUUUAAAAAGUGAAUGACAGUUAAGUAUUAAAGAUUCUUUUUAAAAUGAUGUUUAGGUAUCCAACACUGCUAAGAAGUGAUGCAUGCAAAUGUACCAAUUCUACUGCCUGCAAUCCAGUGAAACAUCUCUGCAGCAGCAUCACAAUUUCAUGUUUGGUAAUUAACAAUUUAUUCAAGCACCCUAUCUAUUUAGUAAAGUUGAUAGACUUCUUUGGGAAUGACAUUGUGAAGUGUGGAGUUCUAAAAUGAGAUUAUUUCUUCUAAAAAUGCUACUUUGUGAUCUCCGAGAUAGCGUAGAAGGCACUUAAUAUACCCUUUUAAUGGAUUAAACAUUUUUCCCUGGAAAACAUCUACAUUUUCAGCUUAUCUUUGAGGUCUCAUCUCUUAUUGUCCUUGUACUUCUGCCCUCCCUUUCCUUCCAUAAUCAUGAAGGCCACAGCAUACAGCUUUUCCCAUGGUUUGAGAAACCUACAAAAAUGAGAGAGAAACCAUUAUUCUUGCACUGUAUCUGCUGUUUAUGACAGGCAGUAAAACUUAACUGUAUCAAACUGUAUCAAAAUAUUAAAGCAGUCCAGUAAUUAAAUACUGCUUAUUCCACUUUUUAAGGAAGCAGAUUUCAAAAACUUGCCAAUUAUUUAUUCAGGAUCAAAUAUCAGCAUGCGUGUUAAAUAUGGUACAAUGUAAAGCAGCAUAUCCUGAACCCCUGGCCUACCUGGCAGGAAGUCAAUAUGUCAAGUCCAAAGUCCAAGUCUGGGGGUCAAACCACACAAGCAAAGUCCAGAGGUCAGGAAACACAGUCCAGGGUCAAUCAAAGUAGCAAAGUCUGAAGUUCAGCAGACUAAAUACAGACCAGAGCCAAUCCUUUAGAGGUCCAGGAGCAUCCAAGCCAAGGUCCAUUAACAUGGGCAGUUGAACAGACACAGCACCUCUGCUUUGCUUCCCUUUUGUACUUUGCAUUGGAGAUUCCAGCACCUGGGCUUGAUGAGACAUGUGACCCUCACCUGUUCCAAGCCUACUCCAGCUGAGGAAUCACACCUCUCUUCCUAGAGCUAGUGAGGUCCACCUGGCCAGCUAGAGUGCUGGGCUGUGGACCUUUGCCUACCUCAGCCUCCUGGAGUGUCACUCUCACUGCUCCCUACACCACAGAGCCCGCCAUGGCGACAGGGGUGCCACUGGUUCUGCUGAUGGGUCUUGCUUCUCUGGCUGCUGUGCACUGACUUCGAUCCGCUCGCCAACAUCCAUCACCCAGUGAGUACUUCCUUCACCAGCCCCUGCUUGCUCUGGUGUUUCCCAGGCCUAGCUACACCUCUUGCCGGGAACCUCUUCCUCCUCCCUGUUGUGCUGCCAAUUCAUGCCACAGCAUAUUUAGCAUCAUAGUACUUAGCUUUAUUUGAAAUAUUUUUUUUGGGGGGGGGGGAGGGCGGAUUGCUGAAAUGUAAAAAAACGAUCUACAUUAGCAAUACAUAAGCUUAACAACCAGUCAGAAUUGCAAGAGAAAGCUCUUAUAACAGUUAUCAGGUAAGAACACCUUUUUGAAUUGGUCAACAAUGUUGCAAAUAAUCUGCACACUCUUGAAUACUAUUUACUUGCAAAAAAUGAAUUUGCAGCUUUAUGCCAUGAAAUAAAUAAACUUUAGAGGGGUUAUGAAUUUGUACUGGAAAUUCUUUCUUCUUCUUCUUCUUCUUCUUCUUCUUCUUCUUCUUCUUCUUCUUCUUCUUCUUCUUCUUCUUCUUCUUCCUUUAAAGGGGGGCACACAGAAUUUGAGUAUUCAGUUACCUGGUAAUGUUUGUGAUCUGAUAGCUGCUGAAGGGUUUUUCUUCAGUUUCGCUUGCAAUAUCCUUCUGUUGUGUGUAUCUGCUUUGUUAAUCAUUACUGUAGAGUUAAAACUUAAAGAUAAGAAUGUGAGAUUAUACAGGGCGGCCACAUGAUAGUAAAAGACCUGUGCCUAGAAAAAUAAUCCUUUGUGAAAUCACACCUUUAUUUUUCAACCUGGCUCAGGUUUCUAGAAGGAAAGAUAGUAUUUGAACUGUUGCCAAUGACUUCCAUGCAAUUCUGCCCCAAAAUGGAAAAUAAGAACACAGAAAACAAAGAAAAUAUAGGGUGCAAUUCAAAACAGUGUUAAUCAAUUGGAUUUUUAUCAUUUACUUCAAAGGGUAAGGAUUGCACACUUAGUCUUUUGGUUUUCAUCCAGAAGUCAGGAGUUGGAACUUAUGAUGGUUUGGGAAAUGCUAACCAGUUAGCUGAAUUUUCAUAAUUAUCAACAUACGUACUCACAGAAAUGAUUAUUGGAAGAAUGAUUUGAUGUACAGUAGGAUAGUCCAGUUUGUCAUGAGCAUAAUUUAUGGUCCAUGAAGAUCAAUGACACAAUCCCAUUGAUUUAAUGUACCUUGAGUGCGUCAUAAAAACAGUACUUAUCAAUAAUGUAUGUUUUAUUCAUUUAUUUCAUGAAAUACACUGCUAGAUUGUAAAAAGCCUCAAGUGUUUUACAAAACGAUAAAGCAAUCAAAUAAGAAAUAUUAACAACAAUGAGAUUUUGAAAAAGUUAAAAUAACAAUAGACUAAUUUUUUUAAACACCACCAUCAUUAUCAUCAUCAUUAUUGAAUUUAUAUACCACCCUAGACCCGGAAGUCUCAGGGUGGUUCACAGAAAAGAUCAACAUAAAAACCACAAUAUAUAUAACCAAAAUAAAAACAACCACCCAAUGACAUCUGGGUAGGUAUGUCUAAACACCUGCAUUGCAAAGAGUGCAGCAAAGGUGUCUGUAUAAUUUCAAUAGUUGGGGAGUUCCAAACUGAAGGUGCUGCCAUGCUAGAAGAUUGAGUUCUUACAAAUGCAGAACUGGUAUUUUGUGGCACCUGUAUGCACUUUGCCAAUCAAAGCAGUCAAGUGGGCAUAUAUGUGGGCAAUCUCGUAGGUAAACGGGCCUCGUUCUUAAGGGCUUUAUUUACUAAUAGUAAUGCCUUAACUUGGCAUGGUAGAAGAUCAGCAGCCAGUGCAUAUCUCUUGAGCACGGACCUCAAUCCUCUCAACAAUCAUCCUGCAGCCUUCAGUACUAACUGCAGCUUCCAGAUCAAAUUCAAGGGAAGCCCCACAUAGAGCACAUUGCACUAAUCCAGUCUUGAGGAAACCAUUGCAUGAACUACUGCGGCCAAGCUUUCCUGGUUCAGUAAUUGCCAUACCUGUCAAACCAAUUGCUGUUGGUCAAAAGCACGUCUAGCCACUGAGGUUAUCUAAGGCUCCAGUGUCACAGCUGGAUACAGAAACACCAGCACACUGCAAACCUUGUCCCUUAGGGGGAGUGCAGCCCCAUUCAGGGUAGGCAGUUGACCAAUUUCUUAGACAGGAGAAUUACUCACCCACAGUGUCACUGUCUUUCCAGGAUUCAAGCUCAGCUUGUUUUUCCUCAUCCAUCUCACCGCUGCAUCCAAGCUAUGGCCCAGGGACUGCACAGCCUCUUCUGAUUCAUAAGUUAUGGAGAAAUAGAACUGAGUGUCAUCAGAAUCCUGAUGGCAGUUUGCCUACAAACUCUUAAUGACUGCUCCCAGUGGCUUCAUGUAGAUAUUAAUCAGCACUGGAGAUAAGAUAGCGUAUGAGUUUUUUGGGCCAAUGGAUAUCGGUUUUGUAACAGAACUUAACUGAAGCCUACAUGGAUUAGCUUGGGCUGCCUGACUUUUGGAGUGAUGUAAAAGUUCACGUCAAGGGUCCAGUCCCCAAGCGCCCAUGAUAAACUAGGCCAGAGUUGUGUGGAAUAAAAAGCCGUUCUGUUUUCCUAAUAUUACAACUGUUGACAUUGUAAUAGAAUUAGGGAGCAUUUUCUUUUUAACCUAAAAUGAGCAUGCCAAGCGUUCUGGUUGAAUAUUAUUUGUCUACAUUCAUAUUUUACAGUAUGUUAGAAUUCUUGAGUUUCGGGUCCUACAGGUUUUCUUCUUCUCCAAGCCUGGACUUAGGCUUGCAAAGUCAUGCUUGUAGUUUAUGGUGUAUCUGUACAUGGAACUAAGUCUCUGAUCUAUAAUGAUCACAGUCUGCAAUUGUUGCUCUGUAUGUAAUUGUUGGCAGGAGCUGGGAACAAGAAAUGGGAACUCAACCCAUCGUGGGGAUUCAAAUCCUCUACCUUCCGAUCGGCAAGCCCUAGGCUUAGUGGUUUAGACCACAGCGCCACACCUCAAGGUGCAAGUAGAUAAAUAGGUACCGCUCCGGCAGAAAGGUAAACAGUGUUUCCGUGAGCUGCUCUGGCUUCACCAGAAGCGGCCUAGUCAUGCUGGCCACAUGACCCAGAAAAACUUUCUGAGGACAAGCGUUGGCUCCCUUGGCCAGUAAAGCGAGAUGAGCACUGCAACGCCAGAGUCGUUCGCGACUGGACUUAACUGUUAGGGGUCCUUUACGUGUUUAUGUAAUUGUAGCUACUGCUGUAUGGGCGUUUUGUAAACUUGCAAUAUGAAACACUUAAUUGAACUGUUCUUAUCAAUUUAAUAUUUGGUGCAUUUUCUACUUAGAAAGCCACUUAUUAAAUUGAUUCUUUCAACAUUAAGGGAACCCAGGAGCUCAUUUCAGCCACCCCUUCAUCACAUAUGGCUACCUUACUCAGGGAAUUAGAGAGACAAAAACAGAGUCGGAAAGAGAAAACCAAACUGCAGAUACUACUACUCCUAAAGAAAAGAGGGGGGGGAUGAUUCUUCAAGGGAAUAUGCUGAUAGAUUGGCUUAGUUGUUUGUGAUAGUAACACAGGGACCUGUACAGGGAAUGCUGUACAUCACUGGACCCUUAUACCAUAAAAUGCUUUCCUAAGUAGAGGCUUUGGGGAGGCUACGAGGCUGUACAUUCCCUUAACACCUUAACUGAAACAUAAUAAAAAAUAAAAAUAACGGAGACAGAAAGGAGGUAUGGAAAACCAGGGGAAGAGAAGGCUGGAAGGGCAGAAGAGUGGACUAGGAUUAACACAAACCAGGCUAGAAAAGAUCCCAUGAAGACUAAGGUGUUAUUUGCAUCAUGUAGGGGAGGAAUUUACCUUGGAGGGAAAGAAGGAGACUGAAACACCAGGCUUGGGUAUACUGUUAGGAUGAAAGUUGAUCACUACAGGUGAUGAGUGCAAAGUGUGCAAAAAGGGUUCGAUGGGCAACUUUCAGCUGUCAGGACAGGAAAUCUGUGGCACUCUAGAUGUUGUCAACUCCCACCAGCCCCAGGCUGCAUGGCUAAUGAUUGGGGAUGAUGGGAGUUCAUCAACAUCUGCAGGGCCGCCACCAUUUGCCUUCCUGCCGCCACUGCACUCUUAGUGCCUGAAGCAAUUUCAGUUCCAUUGCCUGCAGAGAGACUAAAUAGUCUCGUCAGGUUCAUCACCUGCAAAUGUGGUGAUGAGUUUGAGAAAGCUGUAGAGCAGGCAUGUCAAACCUGCAGCCCUCCAGAUGUUUUGGACUGCAAUUCCCAUCUUCCCCAACCACUGGUCCUGCUAGCUAGGGAUCAUGGGAGUUGUAGGCCAAAACAUCUGGAGGACCGCAGGUUUGACAUGCCUGCUGUAGAGUGUGCUGUAUUAUUAGGUACAAUAAUGUGCACACUUUACAAGAAUAUUGGAAAAACAAGGAUGCUGCAAGAUAACAGCUGUAAACUUCAAGGUAGUCCCAUUAAAUUAAGCCAGAGUACAUGGCUAUAUCUAACAUAUAACAUGAACUAAUGAAAUAUUUUGUUACAAACACUAGGAGUAACAUGGUUGUCUCAAAAAUAUUUCCAAGCCUGUAGUCUCAGCUAAGAGCCCAUUAAUUUGGGACUUGCUCAGAGUUGUUGCCCUGAAACCAUUUACUCUGGGUUAAUUUAAUGGGGCUACCUUGGGUAAAUGGUUUGAAGAUUACAGCUGUUACCUUGAUUCUUAAUUGGCAGUAAAUCCCAUUUGUUUCCAUGGAAUUGACUUUUAAGUACGUGUGCUUAAGAUCACAGUCAAAGAAAGUCAUUCUGUCUUUCAAUGUAUUAUAUCUUGUGGUGAUUAUUAGUGAAGAAUGAACAAUGAAAACCACCUGUAAUCUAAUUGCUAUAAAUAAUAUAGUUCUUACAACACCUGGUCGCUUUUUUUGGCCUAGAAAGUAAAGAUUACCAAAGCAAAUCCAUAAAUCCAACAAGCAUUAACUCAAGGUUUGGGCAUGGCUUUGAUCUGGCAAACCCCACCUAUGCUGCUUCUCUUUAUAACAAAAUAUAUAUUGUGAAAAGUAGAAUAGCUUGUAAAACAAAAGGGAGGGGGAGAAAUUACUGUAAAGCCAUGAUGGAUGGUCAACAACUGUGGCCAGCCAUCUCUACUAAUGUGUUUGGUCCUCAUUCCAUUCCAAUAGCAUUACAUGCUUCAGAACAAAAGUUCUGAAAGGCUGAUGCAUGUUAAAAUAUACACUAAAUAUAUUUGGACUUGUUUAAAAAUGCACUUAUCCCUAGCAGUGUUACCUGUGUUAAGUUAUGUAAGCAGAGGGAGAGCAUGUUUGCAUUUCUCACCCAUUUUUACAGUACAGCCGUACUUUGGAAGUCAAAUGGAAUUCAUCCCGGCUUCUGAUUGGCUACAGGAAGCUCCUGCAGCCAAUCAGAAGCUGCAGCAGCCCCGUCGGACAUUUGGCUUCCAAAAAUAGUUCGCAAACCAGAACAGUCACUUCCAGGUUUGGGAGGCAAAACGUUCGAGAACUAAGCUGUUUGAAAACCAAGGUAUGACUGUACUUGCAUCUGCUUCUUCAUGUGGAUAUGGCAUAUGUUGUUGUUGUUGUUAACUUUGCUGUCUGGUCUUUGACUGAAAUAAAUAUUGAUUGAUGAUUGAUUGAUUGCAUGUUAAAAUGCUGUCCUUAUUUACCUGGUCAGAUCUCAUCUGGAAUAUUCCCCCCAGUUCUGAACAAACUGUAGCAUGGGCAGAGGAUAGUGUCAGCAAUGAUGAGGGGUCUGCUAGCCAGGUCAUAGGAGGAAAUGUUGAAGGAGUUUUGCGCGGAUCUUCUUGAGCAAAAUAUUCGCCACCUUAAAUUAAUUAAAAUAGCCAUAUUUAAACACUAUAUGUAAUGCAAGGGAUUAGAUAUAGGAUUAGGUUUACUUCAUGUAGUUCCAGAGAAUAAGACCUAAACCACAUGGGUUCAAAUUAUGAGGUGGUUUCCACAAAGCCAGGGGUCCCCAAACUAAGGCCUGGGGGCCGGAUGCGGCCCAAACGCCUUCUAAAUCCGGCCCACGGACUCUCCAGGAAUCAGCAUGUUAUAGCGCCCCAUUUAUAGAAUGUGUCCUUUUAUUUAAAAUGCACCUCUGGGUUAUUUGUGGGGCCUUCCUGGUGUUUUUACAUGAGUAGAAUGUGUCAUUUUAUUUAAAAUGCAUCUCUGGGUUAUUUGUGGGGCAUAGGAAUUUGUUCAUUUCCCCCCCCCAAAAAAAAAUAUAGUUCAGCCUCCCACAAGGUCUGAGGGACAGUGGACCGGCCCCCUGUGAAAAAGUUUGCUGACUCCUGCACUAAGCCUUAGGGAGAACAUCCUAAUAGUAUGAGCUAUUCAACUUUGGAACAAGAGGUGGCAAAUUCACUUUCAUUGCAGGUUUUUAGAAAAAGGCUGGAUGGCUGCUUGUUGGUGAUAUAGUAGCAGUCAGUUUUUUUGGAAAUAGGACUAGAUGGUCUUUGAGCGCCCUUCCAUCUCUGAUUAUGACUGUAUUUCUAAAGCAAAACCAAUCCAUUAGGAAUUCUCCAUGGUUCAAAUUUUCAUUCCAGGAUUGGGCAAUUACCUUGAGAAAAUGGCAAAAAAGCAGCAGUUUUUGAUAUGAUUGUAAAGGUAAAGGUAAGGGGACCCCUGACCAUUAGGUCCAGUCAUGACCAACUCUGGAGUUACGACGCUCAUCUCGCUUUAUUGGCCAAGGGAGCCGGCGUACAGCUUCCAGGUCAAGUGGCCAGCAUGACUAAACCACUUCUGGCAAACCAGAGCAGCACACGGAAACGCCGUUUACCUUCCCGCCAGAGUGGUACAUAUUUAUCUACUUGCACUUUGACGUGCUUUCGAACUGCUCGGUUGGCAGGAGCAGGGACCAAACAACGGCUUGUUGUGGGGAUUUGAACUGCCAACCUUCUGAUUGGCAAGCCCUAGGCUCUGUGGUUUAGACCACAGCACCACCCGCGUCCCUCUAAUAUAAAAGUACAAUAUUAAAAUCAGUUCUGUUUUUCAGUUGACCGUCUGUAUGCUAGGGUUCUUGGAGGGACAAUAUAAUGUUUUGAAGGCAGUUCUCAUAAAAAGUGAUAGUAAGCUCAUCUCCGCAAAAGUUUACUUCUCCCUUUGAAUUUUACACAUCAAUUAUAAAUCAACAGCUACUUCCACUUGAAAGUUGCUCCUGGGCAAGAUUUAAGUAUUUUUUUUUUAAAAAAAAUGGAAUGAUUGGAAUGUCUUCCCUGCUUUUAACUAAAGCUAAAUUACAGGCAACAAAGCUAGCUUAUUGAAAUGGCAUUCUCGGGUGGAUUUUUUUUGUAAUAAAUUCAAUCGACAUUGACCCAGGAAGAUCACAAAGAUCUUCAACUAAUGAUGUAAGGUCUUGUGGAAGCUGGGGGAGGUGGGAAUACAAUGUAGUUGUGAGUGGAAUCUAUGCUGUAUAAAUUAAUUAAAGGGAAAUAUCAUGCAAGCCUAAAGUUCUGGGCUACAACUCCUAAAGGAAGGAUGCCUUUCAUAAGGUAAGUUACUAAAAACCAUAAAUAAGGAUUCUAUGAAUUGUGGAAUUUAUUCCCAUGCAAUGUAAUGAUAGUCACCAUAUUAGAUAACUUUAAAAGCAGAUUAGGCUAAUUCAUGGAGGAUAAGGCUAUCAGUAGCCACUAGCUAUGAAGGCUAUGUUCUCCCUCUACUUUCAGAGACAAUAUGACUCUGAAUACCAGUUGCUACGAAACCCAGAUAUGGUGAGUGCUGUUGCGCUCAAAUACAGCUUGCCUGCUUCCCAUAGGCAUCUAGUUGGUUUGAUUUACAAUGUCCCUUGCAUAGCCACUACUGGUCUACUUGUCAUCACUGGGCUGCUAUUUUAUUCAUAUACAGUAACUGUAAAACAAAAUGUGAAACACAAAUGAGUUAUUAAAUAUAACCAUAAAAUAAUUAGACAGCUUUCAGCUGCAGCAAAGCGCGUUAUCUUAAUAAAAGAUAACGAGGGUUGCGGAAGGGCUGGGGAGAAAUCCCUGAGGUUUAGAGUGGGGGCUGGGCUGAGACCGAGCUGAGUGAUAGGGGGCGUGGAGAAAAAGCAUGCAGCAGUUGAUUGGCAGGUGGG